UUAACGUGUAAAUGUCGUCUGCGUGGCCGCCAUUAUGUCGGUCAGGACGUCGAGAGAACAGAGAUGUUCAAACUUUACCGAUUAGCUAGCUAGCUAAGCAGACGUUACCCUGGUAUUUCCGUGUUUACCACUCGUGUCCAGACUUGUAUUUAAUUGGCAUGAAAGGCUGGAAAACAAACUUGGCGUACCUUAAAUUAGUUUUUCAAUAAAUUUCCGAAAAUGUGAGCUGGCCGGAUGAGUGUUAGCAUUUCAUCUUAGCAAGCUAACUUUGUUGUAUGGAUACGUCAGGAUCCACUCACCAGGAAGUCAGGAUGGGGGGAGUGUUUGCAAAGGUCUUUGCGGGUUUGUUUGGGAAAAAGGAGAUGAGGAUCCUCAUGGUCGGUCUGGAUGCUGCCGGAAAGACAACAAUUUUGUACAAGCUCAAGCUCGGAGAGAUUGUGACUACUAUUCCAACAAUCGGUUUCAAUGUAGAGACAGUAGAGUACAAGAACAUCAGUUUCACAGUAUGGGAUGUUGGUGGUCAAGACAAAAUUCGACCGCUGUGGCGUCAUUACUUCCAGAACACACAGGGUCUCAUCUUUGUCGUUGACAGCAACGACAGAGAGCGAGCUGGGGAGGCUCGUGAAGAGCUUUCUAGAAUGUUGAAUGAGGAUGAGCUGCGUGAUGCUGUGCUAUUAGUCUUUGCCAACAAACAAGACCUUCCGAAUGCCAUGAAUGCAGCAGAAGUCACAGACAAGUUGGGACUUCACAGCCUACGCAGUAGAACAUGGUACAUUCAGGCAACCUGUGCCACCUCCGGGGACGGCCUUUAUGAGGGUCUGGACUGGUUGUCUAAUCAGCUGAAAAGCAGAUCUUAACCUGCUGUUCACAACUAUUCUUCUACACCCAAUCUACUCUACUCUUAAGGUGUUGCCAAACUGAGUUACCUUGUCCAAAAAAGAAAAAAAAAAAUAUGCAGGUUUUUCUAGUUUCACCUCAGAUGUUAUUAUCACAAACAUAUAGACCAGAUGCGCGGGUGAUUUAUUCUUCUAAAGCUGUGGGUUUUUUUGGUUUUUUUUUAUGUAAAUGUAAGUGUAUUUGGUAAUGGAGCAGCUUCUUGCACACAUACAAAUGGUAAUUUCUCUUUCUGGUUGUUGAACAGCCAUCGAUGCAUUCAAUAAGAAAAAGGGAAGCGAUGGAAUAAGAAUGGCCCCUAGGACCUCAACGCAAUCUGAUGACUGGUUAUGAUCUGGUCACACGUACUGUAAAGAGUGGUCCGUGAGGGGCUUUUAGUUUUCUAGAAACCAGAUGGAACAGGAUGCACUACCUGCAGCUACUAUAGUUGUUCAGCCAGUGACUACAUGUCCCUGAUUACCAUUUAUAAAACACUGGCAUUGACUAUUUGUACUCUGUACUGACAUUCCUCUGUGAACACUAACCAGCGUUUGUGAUACAUGUGAUGGCUUGAUUUUAGAAAUGCUACAAUGAUGUCCCAUCUGUCUGCUUUAUGGAUGUUUUAAAGGCAGUCUGUUGAGUCAGCAUUAAUUUUUUUUUUUUGUAUUUCUGAGUCUCAGGUUUAUCAUGUGCUGCCUCUGCAAUACUUAAUAGAAAUACAGCAUGGUGUGGUCUGCUGGUCUUAAAGGACAUGCAUAUUUACUGGGUGUUUACAUCAUUAAGCUGCACAGGAGCUUUUACCCAACUUAGUACAUAUUUCAACAGCCAUAUGCUAUAACUUGUUAUGUGUAUUGUGGCAGGUAAUUGGAACGAAAGGAGUUGCACACCGCCCUUCUGUCUUCACUAAAGGCUUCAGCAAGUGAUGCUUUUUCUUUACUCUGUCAUCAAAUGUGGGAAAUGGCAUUUUUAAUGGCAAUACAGAAUCAUUUUCAGCUACAUGUUUGAUAAAAGAAACCAGUAUUUCUUUGUUUGCAGCACAUCAUCCCUGAGGUAAACAGGACAAGGUAUCCAAGACACAUGUUGCCUCUUAUUUCCAAGCUUCUUUUCUUAAAGGUGUGGGUCUUGCUUUACUACUCUGAACGUGUUUCAGGGCUGCAUAAAGAUUAUUUGAUUUAUAACUGCUUUAAUUUAUCUUAAUCUCUUAAGAUUUUUUUUAUGUAAACCUUUUGUUUUGUGAGGAAAAGGCAAUGUAAUUUAAGUGACUGGGUAAAAAAAAUCUUUCAAUCUAUGCAAUAAAAAUGUCAAAUGCUGAGGUUUGAAA